AUGCCAUCCCUUCAAGAGAGCAAACUCGCCUUCAUCGGCGGAGGCAAUAUGGCCUCUGCCAUUAUUGGUGGCCUCGUGAGCGAGGGUGUCAACAAGCAGAACAUCUACGUCUCAGAGCCCUGGGACGUCAACCGGGAUAAGCUUGCCGCGGUCGGCGUGCGAACGACCACGGUCAACUCCGAGGCGGGCGCAGAUGCGGAUAUUGUCAUUAUCGCUGUCAAGCCCCAGGUCACAAAGGGCGUGUGUGAGGAGCUUGGUGCUUCGUGGACGCAGCGCCAGACACUCCCCGUCGUUGUUAGCAUUGCGGCGGGUAUCACCCUCAACAGUCUACAGGAGUGGUCUCGGACCAGUGAUGGCCGGUCUGCACAUGUCGUCCGCGUGAUGCCCAAUACUCCUGCGUUAGUAGGUGAGGGUGCCUCCGGUGCCUUUGCUAGUGCGGAUGUGACUGCUGCCGAGAAAGAGCUCGUCAACUCUCUGCUGAGCAGUGUUAGCAAAGCCACCGAGUGGGUGGACAAGGAGGAGCUUCUGGAUGUCGUGACUGGUUUGUCUGGCUCCGGCCCUGCUUAUUUCUUUGCCAUGGUAGAGCAUCUGGUUGCCAGUGCCACCUCACUGGGCCUCUCCCAAGAGCAAGCUACUCGUCUAGCAACGCAAACUUGCCUCGGUGCCGGCAAGAUGCUCGUUGAGUCAUCUGACGAGCCUGGCCAGCUGCGCAAGAAUGUCACCAGCCCCAAUGGUACCACGUAUGCCGCCCUCCAGACCUUCGAGGCCCUUGGAUUCAAGGAGACUGUCGACAAGGCUGUCAAGGCUGCUACUUCCCGAGCUGCUGAGCUAGGCAACACACUCGCGAAAUAG